AUGGAUUCAGAGGAAAGACGAUUCUCCGGCAAAGUUUAUAGCAGGAGAAACCGUAAAACCUUGAAGAAAGAUAUUUCUCUGGCCACUGCCGCCGGUGUAACUGCACCAGAGACCAAGGUUACAUUUCCGAUGGAUUCGGAAGAAAGACGAUUCUCCGGCAAAGUUUACAGCCGGAGAAAGCGUAAAACUACUGCUGACGGUGUAGCCACACUAGAGACCAAGGUUUCAAAAACCCUAGAUGCAGAGCAACCGGCAAAGGUAAUAAUACCUCAGGCAAAUUUUUUAAUUACUAAUUCCACCUCGGGUGAUGUGGAAUUGAGGGAAGGUAGCAAGCCUAAUCGGUCACUGAUUUCUAGGGCUGAAGAUAGGGUUAGGGUUAGGGUUAGGUUAAAUAAAUCGAGGUCUCUAGUUGAAAUUAGAGAAGCUAGGAGGGUUUUAGAGGGCGAGCUAGAUCAUGUUAGGGGUAUGGUGAAGAAGAUUGAAGCUAAGGAGAAGCUUCAACACACUUCAUGUAAACAUCGUGGUUUAGUUUUAAAAUCUAGUCGUCCCAUUAGUUCUUAUAGAUAUCCAAGAUUUGGAGUUGAUGAUGUGAUGAAAAAUCCUUGCCCUAAUUUUGUGCGACCUAUUGAUCUACCAAAUCCAUUUCGCGCACCUAGUCUUGCAGCUAUUUCAAGUUAUGGAAUUGUAGAGAGGGAGAAGAGGAGCAGAAAGCCGAAUAGGUAUUACAAUAGCUCUGACUACCUUCUUGAGAAGGACAAACUACCUUCUGGCAUCAAUAAUAGGAAUAAAAAAGACUUGAAGAAGAAGAGGGAGAUGACGAUUGAAGAAGGUACAAGUGGUGAAAUGCGUAGUAGUACUCAUGUUGAAAGUGGGAGAGAGGCGGAUAACUCAUCAAGCAGUGAUUAG